AUGGAAAAGGGCUCUUCUUCUUCUUCUUCUUCUUCUUCAGCUAGUCAAGACCCUCUCAAUAGCUUCAAGUUUGGCAAGAAGGGGAGGACUGCACCUAUGUGUCAGGUGGAGGGUUGCAGGGUAGAUCUGACUAAUGCCAAGCCUUACUAUUCAAGGCACAAAGUUUGUGGGAUGCAUUCCAAAUCUCCUACUGUCAUUGUUGCUUCCCUUCACCAAAGGUUUUGUCAGCAGUGUAGCAGAUUUCAUCAGUUGCCCGAAUUCGACCAAGGAAAGCGGAGCUGUCGGAGGCGCCUAGCCGGGCACAAUGAGCGUAGGAGGAAGCCAACAGCAGGAUCCUUGUUGUCUCCUCGCUAUGGAAGCCUUUCUCCAUCCAUUUUCGACCGCAGCAAAUCUGGAGGCUUUGUGAUGGACUUCAGCACCUACCCGGCUCUCAAUGGACCGGAUACAUCAUCAGAACGAGUACUGAGAAAUCAAGCUUCGAUAACAGGAAAGUCCCAGCUUCCGCUGCAGAGCAGCUCACAUAACCCUCUGCCUGGUCCCGGAUCACCCUUGCACGGAUGUUUCAAUGGGGUCUCCGACUCCACCAGUGCUCUCUCUCUUCUGUCAACUCAGCCCUGGGGCUCAAGAACGAGCUCCACCAGCCUUGGAGCAAGCAAUUUUCCUGGAAACAACGGUGCACUGGCGCCCAUGGUUCAACCAUCCAUCAAUCAACGUGGUGCUCCAUUUUCAUACAACCAGGUUCAUGAUGUUGCUCCCGAUCUUGGUCGCGGACAGACCACUCAUGGCGCCAGCAACGAGUUCAUUGGGGACCUCGGUGAGGGGCACUUCCAUGACCAGGCUUCCCUCCAGCAUAUGAAUUGGUCUCUUUAAACUUGAACUCAGUCGAGGAUCUUGUGUUUUUAAUAAUCGACAAUGUACUUGUGGAACAUGUGAUGUUAUGUAGUGUCUGCUGUUUGUUCCUCUGCAGAUCGCACAUACUUGCAUUUGAUUUCCUAAGCUACUUACGAUGAUCAACUAUUUGCUGUUUUCUUGAAA